CUUUGCACCUGUACCAGCAGAUAUCUACCUAUAUAUAUCUAAGUCUUGAAUCCUAUCUACCUAGGCUUUCUAGAAACUGAUAUUCCCUAACAAACGUACUCAACUCCUUGGUUCUUCAUAUUCUCGGAUUAGACUCACCAUGCGCGGAGUUGAAGUGACUAGUGCUCUAGCAACACUGCUGUCCCUUUCAACGACACACGCUGCGUUGACCCAGGUGACCGACUGGGGAGAGAACCCGACGAGUCUUGAUAUGCAAGUCUAUCUUCCUGCCAAGUUAGCUGAAAAGCCUGCAAUUGUUCUUGCUUUACACUACUGCGGUGGCACGGGGCCUGCAUACUAUCAAAUGGCGAACUAUGACACUUAUGCCGAUGCGCAAGGGUUUAUCGUCGUGUAUCCAUCGACAAAAAAGGAUAGCAAUUGUUGGGACGUUGCGUCCGAGAAGACUCUGACGAACAAUGGAGGAGGUGAUAGUACGGGUCUGGUUAACAUGGUCAAAUACUUGAUCGAGAAGUACAAUGGAGACCCAACCAAAGUAUAUGCUACGGGCUCCUCAUCGGGAUGCAUGAUGACCAACGUGCUCUUGGCUGUUUAUCCCGAUGUAUUCGCCGCUGGAUCGUGCUAUUCGGGCGUCGCCGCGGGCUGUCUCGCAGGUUCUCCUGGAUCUAGCCCACAAAGCGCUGACCCUACUUGUGCCAGCGGGCAAAACGUCAAGACGGGUGAGCAGUGGGCGGAGCAAGCUAAGGCGAUGUACCCGGGCUUUACUGGGUCCUAUCCUCGCAUGCAGACAUUCCACGGCACUGCUGACCAUUUUGUGGACUAUAAGAACCUAGCUGAGCAACUGAAGGAAUGGUCCGCUCUGCUUGGUGUUGAAUUCACUAAGAACGUCACGAACACGCCUCAGUCAGGCUAUACUCAGAUGGUGUAUGGGGAUGGUACAAAGUUAGUGGGGUACUCAGCGGCCAACGUUGGUCACACCGUACCUGUCCAUCCUCAGCUUGAUGUGGCCUGGUUUGGCCUGGAGUAAGAUUUUUUUGUUCGUGAGAUGAAUCACAUAGUUGUAUUGCGGAUAACUUUGGAUGUGGAAUAAAUAUUGUUUUGAUUCAUGCUAAGAUUCAAA